AUGUCAGAACGUCCCACUCUCCUCAAUGGUUACCUCGGCUCACAGCUGGGCUUCCAGGAACUGGGCCUGGCUACCAAGAGUCAUAAGGAGGCCGAGUUCGAAACGAGUGAGAAUGAAUUCGUCAUCAAACUGGUCGCUUCGCUACCCGUAAAGAUCACGACAAAGGUCAUCAACGAAGCCACAGGAAAGGAGUCCCAGGAGCGGGUUUUCAUCCAGACGAGGGGUCAAGACAUCAGUCUGUUGGUCAGUCUAGACUCCCCUGGGUACCACAAACUUCAGAUUUACGGGCUUCCCGCGUCGGAGCAGAGCAAACAGCUGCCUGGAGUGUUCAACUACCUUAUCAACUGCACGGCCAUGCCACGGAAGUCUCGUCUAUUCCCCAAACAGUUCGCCAAAUGGAAAGAAGGCUGCGCACUGCUGGAACCCUUUUCCUUAGCUGGAGACGGUCUAUCGGGUGACGUCGCCUUUCGCGUGAUUGUUCCAGAAGCACACGCGGUGGCUGUGACGAUAGGCGAGUCGUGGACACAUCUCGAGCCAGACGACAGGGGCUUGUGGGUAGGACGAGUGCAAGGAGUGGAGCAGUAUAAGGGAAAGGGGCUUUCUGCAGUGCUCAACGCCAAUUUUGACGAAGAAGACGAGUCCAAAUACUUCUCUCUUUUACAGUAUUCUCUAUGA